GGACACCUUGAAUCGUAAGCUAUGGCAACCUUCACGGCUUCCAUCAACGACAGGUAUCGCAUCACCAAAUAGUACUCCAAAUACCGUUAAUCUCUACGCCAUCUUUACCUGCUACGAUCAACUUCGAGUCAUCGCCGAACUGUCCUGUACCCCUAGUCAUGGCUAGUCUAGAAGACCUAGACGAUCUCGAGCGCGAGAACAAGGACGACAAGAAAGAUGAGAACAAGAAGACUGGUAGUGAUGUUGAUGCGGAUAUGAAGGAUGCCGAAAAGAAGGAGGAAGAGGAUGACGAUGUCCUAGACGAGGAAAUUCUAAGCUUGAGCACACGAGACAUCAUCGCAAGGCGGCGGCUGCUGGAGAACGACGCGAGAAUUAUGAAGAGCGAGUUUAACCGGUUGACACACGAAAAGCAGGCUAUGCACGAGAAGAUAAAAGAUAACCUCGAUAAGAUUGAGAAUAAUAGACAGCUACCCUACCUAGUCGGCAACGUUGUUGAGAUACUUGAUUUGGAUGUACAAGCUGAGGCUGCGGAGGAAGGCGCAAAUAUUGAUCUGGACGCCACGCGUAUAGGCAAAUCCGCAGUCAUCAAAACCUCGACUCGUCAGACUAUCUUCCUUCCACUGAUUGGUCUCGUUGAUCACGAGAAGCUCAAACCUGGCGACCUUAUUGGUGUUAACAAGGACUCGUAUCUUAUUCUUGAUACACUUCCAGCGGAGUAUGAUAGCAGAGUGAAGGCCAUGGAAGUGGACGAGAAACCGACGGAGAAAUAUUCUGAUGUUGGAGGACUAGAUAAGCAGAUCGAAGAGCUCGUUGAAGCCGUGGUCUGGCCGAUGAAGGAGGCGGAGCGAUUCAAAAAAAUUGGCAUCAAGGCACCCAAAGGUGCACUUAUGUAUGGGCCACCAGGUACUGGGAAGACGCUCCUCGCCCGCGCAUGUGCCGCCCAAACAGAUGCUACUUUCCUAAAACUCGCUGGCCCGCAACUUGUGCAGAUGUUCAUCGGUGAUGGUGCCAAGCUCGUCCGUGACUGCUUCGCACUCGCCAAAGAAAAGGCUCCAUCAAUCAUUUUUAUCGACGAACUCGAUGCCGUUGGCACCAAGCGUUUUGACAGCGACAAGUCUGGCGAUCGUGAGGUUCAACGUACAAUGUUAGAGCUUCUCAACCAGCUCGACGGCUUCGCAUCUGAUGAUCGGGUCAAGGUCCUGGCCGCUACCAAUCGCGUUGAUGUACUUGAUCCGGCUCUCUUGCGGUCUGGUCGCUUGGACCGGAAAAUCGAGUUUCCUUUGCCUAACGAAGAGGCUCGUGCACAGAUUCUGCGUAUUCAUAGUAGAAAGAUGACCGUGGACGAAGGUGUAAAUUGGAUGGAGUUGGCGAGGAGCACUGAUGAAUUUGGCGGUGCGCAGCUGAAGGCUGUAUGUGUGGAAGCGGGCAUGAUUGCACUGAGGAGUGGCCAAUCUAAGAUUAGUCACGAGCACUACGUCGAUGCCAUUGCGGAAGUGCAGGCCAAGAAGAAGGAGACCAUCUCGUUCUAUGCAUGAUCUAUGGCAUGCGUGAAAUGAACGAGGAUUAAACUUGCGUCGAUCAGGGCUGUAUUCUACUGAGAUGUUACACCACUGCGUCGAUAUCGAUACGCCAACUUGCAUGUCGAAGACCAGGCACUGACAUAAUAGAACAUAUGGACUUGUGUGCUAGGAGUUUGCACGGUAUCUUUGACUUAAUCUUGUCCACAUUUGACACUCGUCAUUUGGAGUGAAGUUGGCGAUGAAGGAGGUCGUCUCGAGACGUGCCAAAACUAGGGGUAUACGUCGGAUCUGCCUAAGCUGAAAGGACCGCAGCGGAUUUUGGGAGGGGAUGCGAUUGCUUUGGUUGGACUGGAUCUAAACGAACGGACACAACGUUCAACUUCCGGAUGUGUUGCGUAGCCUAUGCUUGACGAGUCGCUACGCUCGUCGAUGCAUCCUGUACGAACUGCUCUAGCCACAGAAAACGUUAACCACAGAGGUCGAACAUCUGCCAAAGAAAUCAGCCAAGAAGGUUUUUGCUCCGUCAUUAUCAUCAUCCUAUUCGCAUCUCAAGGCUUUCUUCACCUCUUUCAAAGAGCAGUUCAUAGUGCGUCGUCAUAAACUAUGCAUACUCUAGAUGGCACAAGUUCUAUUGACGAGAGUAACGAGUGAAUUUGCAAAUGUCGAAUACACGUAGCGUGAGUGGUCUGGCAAAUGAUUCAUACCACUCUAAGCUCCUGGUUCAUCAUUCACAAUACUUGUUUCUAUUAAAAGUCUUGAGGGAAAGGUGAGGCCUUGUGUCGUACCCUAAGAGCUCCAAUCUACGAGCUCUAAGGUAUGAGCAUGAAACAGAAGUGCGAAAUAAUGGAGAAGUGCAACGGAGACGAAAGGGAGU